AUGACGACGAACACGUCAGCCUCUACGGUGGAAGACACUGGUUUCCGUUCAAAACUAAACACGAAAGCCCCAAAUGGAGUAGCGAAGAUCAUCUCAAGAUCCUCACCUACAAGAGAGGCUGUUACGUAUACGCUCCUGGUCGGCGAUAUCGAAAUACCAAGUGUCUCACCCGCUGAAAUAGUAGAAUACGUCUCGGAGCAUGACCUGGAAGUAUUCGAAAACCAACAGUUUGAGAGAGAUAUCAAAGAGGAAGAGGCCAAACAGAAGGAGCGCCUAGCCGCCAAAGCCCAAGCCCAAGCGCUUAGAAAGGACAGAUCUGUGUCUUCGUCAUCAGAUAGCGAUGGACGUGAUACAGACUCGUCCCGAUCUGGUGAAAACACUAGAAUGACGACUGGCGGCAGACAACGCCCAACCUACACUCACUUUUAUCCAAAACAACGAGCACCGCGAGGAUCUUCCAAGCCCGUAGCUCAGGCUGGCAAUCACAGAGACAGCAAAAGACGUCGAUUGAGAGAGGACCGUGACGACAGUAUAUCUUCAGCACAGGACACAAAGAGUAUCUACAGCGCGGCUUCUCUCAAACCACCACCAACAACUCAGCCACCUUCAGCCAUAGAACAAGCAGCAGGUCUGCUUUCAGAUUCACACGAAUCUGAUCCCAUGGAUAUCGACGAAGAAUCAGACAACAACAACAACGACGACGACGACGACGACGACAUUGGCAUGCCGAUCAGACAGCCAACAGGACCGAUGAGAGACAAAGGCAAGGAGAAGGCCGCGACAAGUGCUUUCUUCACAUUCAGAGAUCAAGCCAUCCCAACACAGCGCAUGUCUGCAAAAGAAAAUCUUGCGGCUGAAAUAAUUGGAAGGCAAGCAUCUACGACUCCGGCGAAAGCAGCAGCAGCACACGGAACCAUGCCAUCAGCAUCAUCAACCAUAUCGCAUAGAGCAAAGAGCUCAAACACCAUCGACCCUACCCGUCAAGCAGUCGUCGACCUCAAUGACUCCGUAUCCGAACCAGAAGAUGACUCCGACAACUCGGAAGUUUACACCGUCGAAAAGAUCCUCGCACACAACAAAUCAGACCCCAGAUCUCACAACAAGUCUGUCCACGGAGAAAAGCCAGUCAUGCUGUACCUAGUGAAAUGGGAGGGCUACGAUGACACGACCUGGGAGCCAGCAACGAGUUUUCAGGACACCGAUGUGUUGCAGGAAUAUUGGGCGCAGCAAGCGCAGAAGCAGAAGCAGAAGUCAUCGGCAUCGGCAUCGUUACCAAAGGACAGUGCUGCAACCCUCAAAGGUCAAAGGCGGGGUUUGUAG